AUGGAUCUAGCCAGUCUCACGAGACCUGCGAUUCUGACCCAGUGUAUUCGAUGCUCCAGCUCACUGGCCGUGCUGGAGAAUGAAUGGGCCAAGUUGUCCAAUUCAUAUUCCAUUGCGGCAGCAUGGCAGAGUGUGAAUCUCCACCGCAUCUCCGUCUCUUCGGAGCGGAAGCAGAUUCCACAGACAUCCGACAUGAGUAUGCUUCGGGGGCGCAUAAUACAGGAAAUAACCUGCAAGUUGUGUCAGCAGAAACUAGGUGUCCUCUGCGGUCUGGAUAAUGGAACGAAUAUCCUAUGGAAAAUGUCCAAGGUGUCGUUUAGGGAGAUUGUAACCAUGCGCACCGCCGAACCUAUUUUCAAAGACGAGGCACUCGAGCGUCUAUGUCCCCCGAAAGAACCCCCCGCCGAGAACGCAAUUCCAUACAAGAAGGAGCCUUGGUGCCUUCGGGCUCUCGGAACUUCCAUUCGUUGGAUCCCUCGAUGCAACAACAAAUGCAACAUCAAGGACGGACACUCCUUUACAUCACUCCGCAUUGAAUUGAAUGGUCCAAAUCGACAUCCGGGAGAACAUGGACCGAACAGUGGCCCCGGAUUUGAUAUGAUUGCCACCGUUUUGAAGGAGCUGAAGUCGAAAUCGGACGAGAUUGAGAAAUUAAAGCUAGAGAUUGAGGCGUUGAAGCUGAAGAACCGCUUCAUGGAGGACCGCAGACCCUCUGAUCAUUACAGUUCUCAAAUGAACGUCCAAUUGCCAGAGGUGAAGAGCCCCGGACUGCUGCAGGCAGGACGGAAACGCGCCUGGCCCGAUGCUUUCUCGAAUGGGCGACACGACCAGGUUGCAGAUUCAUUCGAUGAGGAGGAAAUGGUGGAUGACUUCUCCCUUGCCGACCUGCCUAUUCACCCAGCCCGAGCUCCACUCAAAGACUCCCAAGCAACCGAGGAUGGCCACAGAUAUGGUCAACUUUCUACAUCACCCCCGCUGCGUAUAGAAAGCCGCCGACAAAGUCUAAGCGCUGCAUCAAAUACACCUCAGGGGCAAUUUAUCAACCCAGAUCAGAGUCCAGCUAAGCGACAGCGAAUCACCCAACCAGUGGCAGAUGCACCCAAUCCUGCACCCAGUUCCACAAGGGGAAGAGGUCGGCCUAGAAAGUCUGUGAGCCACUCUAAUCUCAAAACACCCCAUACCGCACCGCCUUCCCAGCAGCUAGUCAGAGAAAUGAACGACACCUCUGAGACGAGCCCGGUAACGAUUCCUAGAGGUCGGGGCCGCCCUCGGCGCAGUGUUCGUCCACACUCCGUGGGACCGUCGGGGCUCAAGGACCAAACGGAAUCAGUGGACACAAACCAGACUCCCCAAGAUUCCAGAGAGAAUCGGACCAAUAGUGAUUCACAGAAGAACGGCGAUACCUCAAACAUGACCUCCAACGGAAUCCAUAACUCCGAUUUCAAUGGCAAUGAGGAGGUUGUGUUAGAGGAGCAGCGCAGAGCAAAGGUCGCGGCGCGGGACGUCAUGACCAAGCUGGCUUUGGAGCGUGAGGAGGCGAUGGAAACAGAUAACUCGCGAUGA